GUUGGCGACACAAUUCCCGAUGUUGGUGACACAGUUCCGGGUGUUGGUGACGCAAUUCCCAGUGUUGGUGACACAAUUCCCAGUUUUGGUGACGCAAUUCCCAGUGUUGGUGACACCGCCCCCGCAGCCAGCCCCUCCCCGCCCAGAGCCCCAUCCGCGCAGCCUGGGGGGGGGGUCCCGGGCUGGGGAGGGGUCCCCGGCGGCCCGGCGCCCCCAGGAGCCCCCCCCGGAGCCGCUCCGGCUGCGCUGGAUCCGCUGGAGGGGGCAGCGCACGCCCGUGGUCACCCAGAGCCAGAACGGGCCCUGCCCGCUCCUGGCGCUCAUCAACGUCCUGCUCCUGCAGAGGAAGGCAAGCCGGGGCCGGGGGGCGCGGGGGGGACCCCACAUCCCCGGGGGAGGGGUCCCAGGGACGGUCCCCAGCCCCCUCUGGCCGCCCCCCCAGGUGAAGCUGCCCCCGCAGCAGGAGGUGGUGACGGCCGAGGAGCUGAUGGCACAUUUGGGGAAUUGCAUCCUGGCCGCCCAGCCCCUGGACAGCUCGGAGGGGCUGCAGCUGAACUUCCAGCAGAACAUCAGUGACACCAUGACGGUGCUGCCCAAGCUCUCCACGGGGCUGGACGUCAACGUGAGGUUCACGGGGGUCUCAGAUUUCGAGUACACCCCCGAGUGCAUCGUCUUCGACCUCCUCAACAUCCCGCUCUACCACGGCUGGCUGGUGGACCCCCAGAGCCCCGAGCAGGCGCAGGCCGUGGGCAGGCUCAGCUACAACCAGCUGGUGGAGAAAAUCAUCACCUGCAAACACUCGGGUGACUCCGGGCUGCUGAGCGAAGGACUUCUUGGUGGCCCUGUCCCUGCAGCAGGGCCAGGCCCCCCCCCCCGGCGCUCAGCGACCUGGAGCUGGCGCGGCAGCUGCAGCACGAGGAGUACCAGCAGCGCCUUCCUCACCCUCCUCCUCCUCGCCCUGCGCAGCAUGUUUCAGACCUUGUACAGCUAUUUUUGGUGGGAACGGCUCUGGCUCCCGGCAAACCUCACCUGGGCUGACCUGGAGGACCGGGAUGGGCGAGUCUAUGCCAAAGCCUCUGACCUGUACAUCACCCUCCCCUUGGCCUUCCUCUUCCUCGUUGUCCGGCACCUCUUUGAGACGUACGUGGCCACCCCCCUGGCCGGGCUGCUGAACGUCAAGGAGAAGGUCCGGUUAAAAGCCACCCCCAACGCCGUGCUGGAGAAGUUCUACGCUGCCACCAGCAAACACCCCAAGCAGGCCGACGUGGAGGUGCUGGCCAGGAGGAGCGGCUGCACCGUGCGCCAGGUCGAGCGCUGGUUCCGCCGCCGCCGCAACCAGGACCGGCCCAGCCUGCUCAAGAAAUUCCGGGAGGCCAGUUGGAGAUUCACCUUUUACCUUAUUGCUUUCAUUGCUGGCAUGGCUGUCAUAGUGGAUAAACCGUGGUUCUACGACCUGCGGGAGGUGUGGAAGGGAUACCCCAUCCAGAGCAUUCUGCCCUCCCAGUACUGGUACUACAUGAUCGAGCUCUCCUUCUACUGGUCCCUGCUCUUCAGCAUCGCCUCCGACGUCAAGCGCAAGGACUUCAAAGAGCAGAUCAUCCACCAUGUGGCCACCAUCAUCCUCAUCAGCUUCUCCUGGUUUGCCAACUACGUCCGCGCCGGGACGCUCAUCAUGGCCCUGCACGACUCCUCGGAUUAUCUGCUGGAGUCUGCCAAGAUGUUCAACUACGCCGGCUGGAGGAACACCUGCAACAACAUCUUCAUCGUCUUCGCCGCCGUCUUCAUCAUCACCCGCCUGGUCAUCCUGCCCUUCUGGAUCAUGCACUGCACCAUGUUCUAUCCGCUGGAGCUCUACCCCGCCUUCUUUGGUUACUACUUCUUCAACUUCAUGAUGGUGGUGCUGCAGUCGCUGCACAUCUUCUGGGCCUACCUCAUCAUCCGCAUGGCCCAGAAGUUCAUAACUGGAAAGGUGGUGGAGGACGAGCGGAGCGACCGUGAGGAGACGGACAACUCUGAGGAGGAGGAGGAGGUGGCCAAGAACGGGCCCCUCUCCAACGGCCACCCUGUCCUCAACAACAACCACCGCAAAACCGACUGAGCGCCCCGGACCCGAGAGCUGCCACCUCCUGCUGCCGGCCCGGCCCCUCCGGCCGCUCCACACGGGACCCGGAGCGCCUGCCGGGCCCCUCCCCUCGGAGCGGGGCCGCAGCUCUGCCUCACACUCACCGCUGGUGCCCUUCCACCUCUCACCUGCUGCCUUAAUCCACCGCGGCUCCCCGGGACAGGCGGGGAGCGCAGCGGGACCGGCUCCAUUCCCCCGGGCCGGCUCCUUCCCGGGACCGGCUCCAUCCCCCCGGGCCGGCUCCAUCCCCCCGGGCCGGCUCCAUCCCCCCGGGAUCGGCUCCAUCCCCCCGGGCCGGCUCCAUCCCCCCGGGCCGGCUCCAUCCCGGGAUCGGCUCUGCCAAGGAGCUCGGCCCAGCCCCUUGCCGGGCUCUGUGUUAUUCCUACUUUCCCAAGCAUUCCUUCACCGGGGGGAGGGGAAAAUCCCCCUUUUCCUGAGCUGUGUCCGGCUGGAAAAGCCGGCUGAGCCCCUGCUCCCCGAACUGGGAGGGAGGAGCAGGGAAUUCCUGGGUGUUCCGUGCCUGAAUGAUGGGAUGACACUGUGGAAGUACUUGGGGGAAGGAACUGCGGGGCUGAGUCACUCCUUGUGUCUCACAGAGUUUAAUCCUCUCUCAUUUCUCUUCGGUAAAUGGAUUUUGAGUCUCUCCCUCUCCGUGGCCUCUCCCAGCUGUAACAGGACAAAUUUCCAACUUGAUUUUUUUUUCUUUUUUUUUUGGUUUUUUUCCUCCUUUUCUUUCUAUUUAUUUGGAAGACAGAAGGAGCCGGGCUUGGCUCUGUCUCCUGCAUCCUUUGGGAUGCUGUGAGACCUCCCAGCACGGAGGGGUGGGGGGAAAAGGACCAUUAACCAAUGUCAGACCAAAACGUGUUUUGUUAUUCUUGGUUUUUUGGUUGGUUUUUUUUUUUUUUUUAAUAAAGAAAAGGUUAAAUAUAUUAAAAGUUUAAAAAACUAAUAAACUUGGGUAAAAAAAUUCAA